UCUAUGCGAGUUCACACUAAGGCUCCACGGGAUUGGAGCGAAUUUCGUUUUCUCUUGAUGCAACACCCAGUGUCGGAAUAGUGGAUGAGCUAGUGAUAGAGUGAUAAUCCGAAGCACGAGAGAGAGAACGAAAGAAAGAAGAAGAGCCCGCAAACGAGUGUACACUUUACGGGCGUUAAAGGACGUGACAGUCCUGCCAGAAAACGAUUUUGCUACAAACUAGUGUUGACAAGUGACUAGUGCGCUGGUAAAACGAAUCCUUCGUGUUCAAACACAAGACGUGAAAGUGAAUGCUAUUGGUGAAAUCAUUUCCACUACCCGAACGGAUUUACCGAAACCUCAAGUGUGAGCUCUGAAGCAUUUUGACACCUACCCGUGCAUCGAUAUUCGGCAGCUUGUGAACCUGUUGGCAGCUAACAACAGAUAACGGACAAUCUGUACCAACCGCUGCCAUAGACUGCUGUAGUGAUAUAUAAGAAUAGAAACAGUGAACGAAAGAAAGAAAACGAGCCACCAGAACGAUUGCAAAACUCUUGCGAACGCGAACAACGAACGGCGAGAAAAACCUACGACAAACAACACGAUAAACAUGAUGGGCUACCGAAUGCGAUCCUUGGUCGCAACGUUCGUGCUACUAUUCACAGUACUCGAGAAUGUCCACUGUGAUGCACCGUUGGUCGAUUCGGCAGCACUGCCGUUGGAGCACAGAGCCGUCUACGGUCCGCCUGCACCAUCACCAGUAUACGGUACGCCUGGUUUGCUGAGUGGCGGCGGAGGUAGCAGCGGCCUUCUCGGAGGCGGCGGCGGCGGUGGUGGCGGUGGAGACGACCCGUGGCCACUGUCCGCCUCGAACGACAGCCCGCAGAUCAAGCAUCUGCAGGUGCAGUGCGAAAAGACGCACAUGCGCGUCAACAUCGAGUUCGACCGGCCAUUCUACGGUAUGAUCUUCUCGAAGGGCUUCUACAGUGAUCCGCACUGUGUGCAUCUCAAACCGGGCACUGGCCAUCUAAGCGCCACCUUCGAAAUUUUCCUGAACAGCUGUGGUAUGUCGAGCUCGGCCAACCAUAACGCGGCCAGCUUCGGCGGUCCGACACCGUCCGGCAGUUACGUCGAGAACACGAUCAUCAUCCAGUACGACCCGUACGUACAGGAAGUUUGGGAUCAGGCUCGUAAACUUCGGUGCACGUGGUACGACUUCUAUGAGAAGGCGGUCACGUUCCGACCGUUCCAGGUGGAUAUGCUGCACGCCGUUACGGCCAACUUCUUGGGCGAUAAUCUCCAGUGCUGGAUGCAGAUCCAGGUCGGCAAGGGUCCGUGGGCGUCCGAAGUUUCGGGUAUCGUGAAGAUCGGCCAAACGAUGACGAUGGUGCUGGCCAUCAAGGAUGACGAAAACAAGUUCGAUAUGUUGGUGCGCAACUGCGUCGCUCACGACGGCAAACGGGCCCCGAUUCAGCUGGUCGAUCAGCACGGUUGCGUGGUGCGGCCAAAGAUUAUGAGCAAGUUCCAGAAGAUAAAGAACUUCGGCCCGUCCGCAUCGGUGGUUUCGUUUGCCUACUUCCAGGCGUUCAAGUUCCCCGACUCGAUGAACGUGCACUUCCAGUGUGUGAUCCAGGUCUGCCGGUACAACUGCCCCGAACCGAAGUGUGCCGGUGGAGAUUACGGACUUCCAGCGCUGACCGGCAACGGUAUCUCAGGCGAAUACGGUGCACCAGGUGCGCUAAGCGGCGAAUACGGACCACCGCAUCUGUCCGAGUAUGGAGUGCCACCGGCAGCCUACCCCGAUCCUCGCCACCCUUCGGACGCGUCCGGUGCGUACUCGGAGAACCAGGACAGUGUUGUACCGGCGCCGCAAGCACAAACGUCUGCCAACUCGGCCGAAAACAAGUCCGACGGUCCAGUGAACGCUAACGAUCGCAUCGAAUCGCAGGCACAGUCUUCGAACCCCACGUCAAACGAUAUUCACGAUCACAUCAACAUGCCACCACCACCACCACCAGGCCAGACGUCGUACGUCACCGUGACCAAGCAGAAGAAGGACGAUGGUCUGUCAGGCGAGAACAGCGGCAAUCUGGUCAGUUUGGGUGGCCGACCACGUUCGGUCGAGGGACUGGAUGAUCUGCGCGGCGUGCGCCGACGACGGGACACGAUGUCGGUUGUGAUCCGGCCACGUAUCUACAAGCGUGACGCCCAGGAGAUGACGGACGUCAACACGGAACGCAUCAUCCAGGUGGUGGCCCCGGGAGACGUCAACUUUGCGCUAAACAAUGCAUCCGGCAACGAGACGGUCGUGAUCCAAUCACAGCGAACCGUCGACCCGGAAACGAUCUGUAUGUCGGUGCCGAGCUUUGUCGGUGGACUGGUGAUGCUGCUGCUCGUGCUUGCCGUCGCAUCUCUAGUGGCCGCCUUCCUGUUUGUGCGCGUGCGACACUUCGACCGGAAAGCCAACCCAUUCUCCGGACACUAAGCGAAAACUAUCCGUGGGUCGUCCUCGUGCCUGAAUGCUCGCCAGGGAGAAAAGCUAGCGGGUGUGCACCUGCACCCCUCACCGAACGACCCCUUAUGCGAGUGUGGGAAGCUUUCCAUCGGUUCUAUUGCAAUCUCGACCCUCGCGGAGCACCUUCAACUUCAUUUUGUAAACAUUUCUUCGGCACAGUCUGAGCGUUGUCAAUCGCUGCAGACCAACCGCUCUUCUGUUACCUGAGCACCAUCUAGCAUCCAUCAGAACCAUAGGCAGCUUCCGGAGGAAUCGAACAUAUUCAUUCAACCAACAUGUGCAUCCUUGCUAUAUCCCGGUUUGUCAGUGUAGUCAGGGUCGCUUUCGAGAGGGAGGGAGCGAUAGCGCUAGAUAGACGAGGGACCCAAUCGAAUGUACGAAACGAAAUCUAGAAACACACUCUCUUCGCAGCAUCGCACUAAUCAAUGUGGACGAUGGGACUACACCAACAGUUUCGAGAAGAGACCUUAACCCACCCAUCCAACACCAACCCUUAAUCUAGCGAAACCAUCUAACACCUCAUACCGUCAUCGUCAUUUCCCGUGCGCCCUCGUGCACUACUAACACGAUUGCCUCUUAAUUUAUUACGAUUAUUAUUAUUAUAUUAUUAUUAUCGAUUUGGGUACUACCACUAUCGCGACCGAACGUCUCCCAUUCUACUGACAUUCUAUUUCGUUUUUUUUUUUGCGUUAAGUGUACGAUACCAAACGAAUGUGUAUUACCAUACCACCAACAGUUAAUUUAUUGCACCUUCCCAAUUCCCACACCUUGUGUUAUCAUCCUGUACAUCUUCAUCUAACGUUCCCCGUUCAUGCAAGCUCUUCCUGUUCGGUACUCCCAUCGGCAUCGCUCCACUUGUUGCGUGGUGAAUUCUGUUGCAAUAGAGUAGAAACAAGAUCACGCAAACUCUCUUACCUGGUAAGGCGAGGGCAUUAGCAAUCAGAAAUUUAAAGACACGCGCGACAUAACGUUCAUUGUGGGGUUUACACGGAUAAGGGCAACAAGUGACAAGUUCCUUAGGAGAGUGCAUAGUGAGGAAUGUGAGGAAUUCACGACUGCCGUUCCUUGUCGCUUCCCUGGUGUGCUGCUAGUUCGUAAUGGCGCUUAUUAUCGUAGUUAUCACCAUCAUCUUAUUCAUUAGAAAGAAUGUCGUCCAUCUCGGUGUCCUCGCAAUGCUCUGCUUUUUGAGGGUAGUUGGUUAGUACGAAUGGCUUCUCUAGAAGUGUCGUCUAUCUACUCCCUAGAUUCCGGUACACAGAGCAAUCGCAGGGACACCGAUAUGCGCACACAUUCGAUCUUAUGAAGAACGUGUAUCUUUGCUUCAAAAGAAUAUUUAUUUAUUCCCUUAAUUUUCUACCUACAUUCCUUAGUCACCACGUUCCUUUUUUUCGACAACAAGGCAACCGUCUGUUUUCACACACGCACACACGUGUUCUAUUGCGUGAUCGAUCGCUUUUCUUCCCGCCAUCGUUCACGCACGGCUGGGCGAUGGUUGUGCUUGGUUUUUUGUUUCGUUUUGGAGCUCUUGUCUCCCGUACCAUUGUUUUCGUCGAGUGUACUCACAGGUGCAACAAAAGCAUGGAUUUUGUGUGAUCGAUUUUUUUAAAUUUCGACCGUCGGUUGGAUGUCCACCACUAGUCUUAACGGCGAUGUCCGGUGCGGUUCUGAAGUUUAAACAAUGACAUAUCUUCAAACUAUCUUUUUGCGCUGAGUACAAGCGCGACAAGAUGAUGCGCGUAUCAGCUGGAAACCCAGGUCCGGGGUUCCAGAACACGAGCAUCCAAUACGAGAAUGGUAAUAGGUUAGGAUGGAUUAAAAUGUAAGCUCCCGGUAAUAGCGAAACAAACCUCUGCUGUAUGAAUAUUUUGGUGAUUGUGCUUGAUAACAGUAUUUUUUGUGUUUUGUUUGCUCCAAUCGCUCCCCGAUUUGCAGGGACGUUAAUGGUAAGGCGUAGAAAAGGAAAGCGCACACAACGCAUGUGGCUCGAAGAAAAGCGACUGAGGGACAGUAAAAGGAAGCGAGCAAAUGCAUUGGAAAAAUUAAUUAGAACAAGCGCCGCAGUAUAAGGUUAGGGUCGAUUUGUUUUGUUUUCUUUUAUUUUUGGUUUUCUUUUUUAAAGAAUGUAUAUCAUUUUGUUUGGUUUUUCUUUUUUUUUUUUUUUGUUCGUUUUCCGUUUCUCUCGCAAAUCUAAUGGAAACAGGCAGUUAACAGGUGUGUGUUGUUGUGUAUUGUAAACUCGUUAAAUCAGUUUAUCGAAACGUAGUUACGGUACUACAUCCUUGCAAAUAACAGCGACGUGGAUAUUAUUGUAAAUAUUUAUUGAAAAGAAUGAUAGUUGAAGAAAAUAAAGUGAUUAGUAAUGAAUAAUA